AGAACAUAAGGUCCUGGAAAAGUAUAUUGGUCAGCAUUAGCGACUUCGACGUGGAGAAUUCAUGGCUUCAAGGUCAGCAAUCUCGGUAAUAGUCCUUUUAUCAGUAAUUGUAACAGCGAUAGUGGAUGCUGAAGCUGGUGGAAUAGCAAUCUAUUGGGGUCAGAAUGGAAACGAGGGCACCUUAGCUGAAACUUGUGCCUCAGGGAACUAUGACUUUGUAAACAUCGCUUUCCUACCAGUUUUCGGAAAUGGUCAGACUCCUGAGAUUAACCUUGCUGGCCACUGCAAUCCAGGCAGCUGUACAGGCUUAAGCUCGGACAUAAAAUCAUGUCAAGCCAAAGGCAUCAAAGUGAUGCUUUCUAUUGGUGGAGGAGCUGGGAACUACAUUCUUACCUCCACUCAAGAUGCAAGGCAAGUUGCAACUUACCUAUGGAAUAAUUUCUUAGGCGGACAAUCUUCGUCUCGGCCAUUUGGCCCUGCUGUUCUAGAUGGAAUCGAUUUUGAUAUUGAAGGAGGAUCAAACCAGCACUAUGAUGAUCUAGCAAGGUUCCUUUCUGCAUACAGUAAGAAAGGUAAGAAGGUAUACUUAACUGCAGCUCCACAGUGCCCAUUUCCUGAUGCUUGGGUAGGAAAUGCUCUUACAACAGGUCUUUUCGACUAUGUUUGGGUCCAAUUCUAUAAUAACGCCCCUUGCCAAUACUCUUCUGGGAAUAUUGGCAAUCUUGAAAAUGCCUGGAAGCAAUGGAUAUCAAGUAUCCCUGCCAAAAAAAUUUUCCUCGGAUUACCUGCUGCUCCUGCUGCAGCUGGUAGUGGCUUCAUCCCUGUAUCGGAUCUAACUUCCAAAGUCCUUCCAGCAAUUAAGAAUUCAGGCAAGUAUGGUGGUGUUAUGCUGUGGUCCAAGUAUUAUGAUGAUCAAACUGGUUACAGCAAAGCCAUAAAAAGCCAUGUCUAGGUUACUCUGUUUUGAGUUAUACAUGACCAAAUUUCGUUUGCGAAAUCUAUAUCUGUACACAUUACUUAUUCUUUGCAUUAUUAUCAGCCUAGUUCGCGGUUGCUUGCUAUUAAUGACAAUUUAAGAACA